AUGUCUGCCUGUAACAACACUUCACUCGAGCUCACUCAAUUUCAAGCAUGGCUACAAAGCUGGUCCCUCUCAUUAGAAUUGUACGAUGAACGAUAUUCCAUCGAUGGUUUAUGGAUUUGGAAAGAAAAUGCUUUGGAACUCUAUCAUCGUGUACUGGAUCAUUUGGAUAAGUAUGUGGAUGCAUCGGAACGAACGUUGAAACGACAACAAAUGGAGCAAUUAAUGAAACAAGAAAAUAUUACAAGGCUUGAUGAUUUAUCCUCUUCUCAGAAAACUCAACUCUCUGCUAUUGAUGAGAAGAAGUUGGAGAGAAUUCAACUGCCGAGUCUUGUAAGCUUACGGGAUCAACCUUUAACGAAUUAUAAUCCUCAUCCGAGGAGUGGUAGUGGAGAUGUCGCUAGUGAAGAUGCUAUCGUUAGUAAUCCAAAUUCACAAAAACAUCAACAACAAAGCAAUAUUGAUGACGAUCAAGAUCCGUUUAUGAUUUUUGAUGAUUUUUUGGAUCCUCAACAAGAGUCAAUGGAUGAAUCAAGCACUAGGAGAUUUUCUAAAAGUGUUGUUGAUACAUCUUUAGCAAGUGACCAUCAUGCAUCGACAUCAUCAUUCAAUCCGAAAUCUUUUCUUCAUUUACUGGAAUCAAAAAUGUUUCACAUAAGUAGAGGUUACAUUUACGAAGAGUAUGAAAUGAAAUGCAAUUAUCCCAAUAUAUAUUUGAAACCAAAUAGUGAAUGGAUAGUAUUUCCUUACUUUAAAAAUGUUAUCAGAUCAUACACACAGUUACCAUACAAGAUUAUUACUCGUACUUCGAACUUUCAACAAGUUUUAAAUGAUGAUGGAAUACAAUUGCCUUUAUUUUAUGGAAAUAAGGAAAAUUUACAAUACGAAAUUCAUACCUGUCAUGAAAGUGAGAAUUGUGCAUUGAUUUACAUUUCGGAAACUAUUUGGAAAACAAACUUUUUAAAAGUUCUAUUGAAUAUUUGUAACCUAUAUAAUGGCAUUACAUAUAGAAUUUUUCCAUGGAGAACAUUUUCUCAUUGUUUUGAAAGUUUGGCAUUUGACAUUGCUCUUCCAUACAUUAAUACCUUUGUCAACAUUGCUCAUACAAAUUACUAUUCCAAGGUCUUCUCCGAAGUCUAUAACAUCCAAUAUCCAGUGAAGUUUGGCAAUCAAAUAGCUCCUGUUUUUCAAACCUGUGGAGUUGUCUCCUCGCGUGUUAUUGGAGCCUGCAUUGCAUCCUUAUCAGAUGAGAAAGGACCACUCCUUCAUUCAUCCCUCAACAAGUUUCAAAUUGUCAUCAUUCCAAUAUUGAGCAAAUCCGUAGACACAAAUAUUCUUUACGAAAAAAUUAAUGAAAUUGAAAAUCGACUUUCCACAUUUGGUUUCAGAGUUUAUUCUGAUCUUAGGUAUGGCACGAAAAACGUGGAAAAAUUUUACUAUUGGGAAUCCCGUGGAGUCACAUUGAUUUGUUCAGUCGGAAAAAGUGAAAUUGAAACGAAUCGUUUUACAAUUAAGGGAAGAAAUUCUAGUGAAAAAAUUACUUUACCAUUAGAAUCUUUUUCGAGAGAGGAUAUCGAUCAGUUUUUGAAAAAAGAAGAUUUAAAUCUCCAACAUCAAAUUCAACAAAGAGUGAAAAUUAUUGAGUGUUUGACAAUGACUGAAUUAAUUGACGUGUUCGAAAAUGGUCUCUUGAAAUUGAGAGAACCAAGCAACGACCCAAAACAACGAAAAAAAGAGCAAAUGGAAUUCAAUAUCAAAUUAAUGACAUCAAGUCCAUUCUUUAUCGUUGUAGCCCCAAUACAUUUUGAACCAACAAACAAUGAGAGAGUGAGGCAACUGCAUCAAGCCAAUGAAAGAUUCUUUAAGGAUUGUUGCGCUGAAUUUAGAGGAUACAUUCCGUUUGGGUCGUCCUAUUCCGAAUUGAAUUGGCAUUUGCAAGAGAGCAUGCCUUGUCACCAGCUCGAGAAUGGCACUACAAAACGUUGCAUUAUUUCAGGAGAAGAGGCCAAUGCGUGGAUGGUGAUUGCAAGAUAUUGA